UCACAUUAUGGAUGUGGGUGGUGGAAGCCGAGAGUGCUCAUCACUCAUCAGGCCCAGGUCUUGGGAGAGGGUCCCGCACAACAUGAAGGGUGCCGCGGGGAUGCCCGCCGUGCCCCUCCGUGAGGUUUCAGUGUUUUUGUGCCGGCAGCUCCUGCUCACCUUUCACUGCUUGGAAGUCGCGUCUGGCAGCGGAGCAGGUACACUGGGGACCUGGGGUGGAAGGUCAUUUAUGAAAAUCACGAAGAGGAGGGUACCCCGCGGAGCACCACUGGUCACCGACCUCCCUGCGGAGAAGGAGCUGGUCGACUUGGAGUCCCGGCUAGGUCUGACCAAUGGGGACCAGCCCCUCCGGGAUGAGUACCGGAGGUAGGAGGAGGCGCUGAGGCACCUGCAGCUUGAGAGGUCCCGAGGUGCUUAUGUUAGGUCGCAGGUCCAGGUGCCGCAGGAUCUGGACCUCGCUUCGCCCCUCUUCUACUCUCACUCGAGAGGGAGGGGUGUCAGCUGGUGGAGCUACUGGGAGAGCACAGUUCCACCGUCACGAUCCGCGGGAAUUGUUGCGGAAAUGCAUUCCUUCUGUGAGGCUCUCUUCUCACCGGACCCGUGCAGUGAGGAUGAACGGAGGAUCUGCAGGAGGACUUGCCGAGGGUCAGCCCUGGGGGUGCUGAGCGUCUAGGUGCCCUGCUGUCUUUGGUGGAGCUGACCAGUGUCCUCAGGCAGCUACAGAGAGGCAAGUCCCCUGGGCUAGAUGAGUUGAUGGCCGAAUUUCUCCAGGCCUUCCUGGACACCCUAGGGCCUGAUUAUGCCAGGGUAUUGGGGGAGAGCAUGGCGACGGGUGAGAUGCCCCUCUCUUGGUGCAGAGCAGUCAUGGUCCUGCUGCCAAAGAAGGGGGAGCUCCUUAGCCUGCGGAAUUUGUACCCAGUAUCCCUCCUUAGUGCGGGGUGCCCGCGCAUCGGCCAGUGGUCUGGGCCCCGUGCUGGCGGAAGUGGUCCAUAGUGACCAGUCCUGCACGGUCCCGGGGCAGUCGAUCCAGGACAAUAGCCACCUUGUCCGAGAUCUGAUUUACCUGUGCCGGGAGGCUGGUCUGUCAGUCGUCCAAGAGAAGGCGUUUCACAGGGACCAGGGGUACUUUUUUGGGACGCUGCGAGGGUUCGGGUUUGGGCCACAAUUUGGCCUGCAUCCGACUACCGGACCCCGGAGUGCCUCGUCAACGGGUCCUUGACAGCGCCCUUGUGCUUUGAUGGGGGGUGGGGGGUGUCAGGGGUGGCCCAUGUCAGGGCAGUUGUACUCUCUUUACGUGGAGGCAUUCCUGUGCCUUCUCCGUAAGAGGUUAAUGGGUUUGGCUCAACGAGAACCGGGCAUGGAGGUCGUCCUUUCAGCUUACCCCGAUGACGGUCACGGACGCUGCGGACUUACAGAGGAUGCGAGACCGCCAGCAGCUCUUCUCGGCCGCAUCCUCUGCGAGGGUCAACAGCGAGAAGAGCGCGGGCCUCUAGGAGGGUCAGUGGCAGGUGGACUUCCUUCCGGAGGGGUUGUGACCACCCCUCUCCUCUACCCGCCGGCCUAUCUGAGAUCGAUGGAGGAGGCCUGGCCAGCAACAAAUGGGAUUUGGAGACAAGGACCUCUGCUCGGCUGGGACGGUGGUCAGGCCCCCUUCGUGCGAUCUUGAACCGGGAAGGACAUUAGUCAUGAGUCAGCUGGUCGCCUCCAUGAUGUGCUACCGGCUGAUGACUUUAGCCCCGCUCAUCUCUUUUGUCUCCAGGGCUCAGAAGAGGCUGAUGGACUUCUUCUGGGACAAUUGCAGGCAUUGGGUUCUGAGUCUCUGAUCGCAGAGGCCGGCCAGUCCUUGGUGUACAUGUGUACCCAGCUGGCGGCACUCCACCCCUGUGACCACCCUCCGAGGCGGCAUGCACUGGCGAUGCCCUUUCUCCUCCGGGGACGCUGUCUGCAGGAGGUUAUGCCUCGCUUUUACCGAGAGCUGUUGAGGGUAUGGGGUCUAGUCUCAUCCGGACAGGGCGCUCCUGCGUUGGUGGGACAUGGUUGUGACCUACAAAUACUCACAUAAUACAUUACAAUGGUCCUCCAGCUGCGAAGGGGACUGCUCACCAUCCUGACACCGUGGGUGACGUGAGGCCUCGGGGAAGUGAAGGGGAAUUGCUCGUCGGACCCAGGCCUCGGGAGACCCCAUGGGAGAGGGUCCCGCACAAUGUGAGCCGUCUUGCGGGGAUGCCCACCAUGCCGAUCCGUGACGCUCCGAAGCUCGGAGCCAGGCCUCGGGAGACCCCAUGGGAGAGGGUCCCGCACAAUGUGAGCCGUCUUGCGGGGAUGCCCACCAUGCCGAUCCGUGACGCUCCGAAGCUCGGAGCCAGGCCUCGGGAGACCCCAUGGGAGAGGGUCCCGCACAAUGUGAGCCGUCUUGCGGGGAUGCCCACCAUGCCGAUCCGUGACGCUCCGAAGCUCGGAGCCAGGCCUCGGGAGACCCCAUGGGAGAGGGUCCCGCACAAUGUGAGCCGUCUUGCGGGGAUGCCCACCAUGCCGAUCCGUGACGCUCCGAAGCUCGGAGCCAGGCCUCGGGAGACCCCAUGGGAGAGGGUCCCGCACAAUGUGAGCCGUCUUGCGGGGAUGCCCACCAUGCCGAUCCGUGACGCUCCGAAGCUCGGAGCCAGGCCACGGGAGACCCCAUGGGAGAGGGUCCCGCACAAUGUGAGCCGUCUUGCGGGGAUGCCCACCAUGCCGAUCCGUGACGCUCCGAAGCGUUUCUUGUGCGAGCUGCGCCUGCUCACCUUUCACUUCCCUGCCUUCGCCUGCCGACCGGACUCACCUUGGCGGUCCAUGCUACCGUCUGGCAGCGGAGGGGGUCCCCAGUGGAAAUCUCUUUACGCAGGGGCCCUUCCCCUGUACAUUGGGCACCUGGGGUGGAGGGUGUUGAUUCGGACAGUACCGUGGAAACAGAUUUCUGAGCGGGUUCACUGACACCCGUCCUCCUGUCCUCUCUGUGGCCGGGAGGGGUCAGUGCACCACGUUUACAUGGAAUGUGAGAGGUCGCGGCCCCUGUCUGAGUGUCUGAAGGGACUGCUGCUCAGGUUCUGAAUCACUUCA